AUGGUAGGCCUCUGUGCCGUGGAUUGCCAAGAAGACCCCGGCAUUCGGGAUGGUGACAAAGAACCAAGUCUACGAAAUCCUCGAUCCCUCCAAGCAAUCCACCUCAAGCCAUUGAAACGCGAGGCUCAAUUCGGCAUUCCCUCGUGCGACCUGCAGCUGCGAUCAUUCAGCUUGCAGCCACUCCAAUUCUUCUCAGACUUUGCGUUACGAGCGGCAUAUUUCUUAGGAUUGCCCGCUUCUGGCCCAAUAACGCUUCCGCGAAUCACAGAGCGAUGGACUGUUCCUAGGAGUCACUUCAUCUUCAAAAAAUCCCAAGAGAACUUUGAACGUGUGACACUGAGGCGCAUGAUUCAAAUCAAAGAUGGCAACCCUGAAACAAUUCAGCUCUGGCUCGCUUACUUGCGCAAACACCAGUUCUAUGGAGUUGGUAUGAAGGCAAAUAUGUGGGAGUUCGGCACAACGGAGAUGUCCAAGUCGCUGGAGGAAAUCGAAGCGAAAUCACUAGAGUCAGCGGCUCCUUGGUCGCAUCUUGGGCAGACGAAAAGUAUCGGCGACUCUGACAAAGUGGUGGCCGACAUUCUGAACUCUCGACGAGUUAAGAAAGCCGCAGACUACAACUACCCCAUCCACGAGAUAUCAUAG